UUCCAUUUCUAUCCCCAUUUUGACCCCUUCCAGUUCCACAAAAUUAAACCAAUCUCCAAUUCUAGUUCUUUCUACUCCACUCCAGUUCGAGACCCACAAUUUCUCUCUGUUCAGCCCCCGUAAGCCAUGGUUUCCUGGAAGAUGUGGUGGGCGAUGUGGAUAAUAGGGCUGUUUGCAGUGUCGGUGGGUGCUGCGGUGCACAAAGUCGGCGACUCUGCCGGGUGGACCACACUCAUCCCCGUCGAUUAUGCCAAAUGGGCUUCUUCCAACAACUUCCAUGUCGGCGACUCUCUCCUGUUCUCUUACAACAACAAAUUCCACAAUGUGCUGCAAGUGAACCAGCAGCAGUAUGGGUCGUGCAACUCGUCUUCUCCGGCUGCGUCUUACAACUCCGGCGCCGACUCCAUCGCCCUGAAAAGGACCGGAACCUUCUACUUCCUCUGCGGCUUCCCAGGCCACUGUCAAGAGGGUCAGAAGGUGGAGAUCAAGGUCACCCGAGCCUCAUCCUCUGCAGCACUUGCCCUCUCUCCCGGCCCAAGCCCAAGCCCAAGCCCACUCCCAAAUGGGCCUGCCCCCACUCCAAGCGCGGCCUCAACUCGCAGUCCCCACCACUUGCCCUUGCUGCUGCUGCUGCUGCUGCCUGCCUUUAUUGUCGCAUUUUACCAUCUCUUUGUUUGAAUUUGAAUGCUUGGGUUGGGCUGUACCUCUUACAUCUAUCUGCUACYCUAAAUAUCGCACCUCUGUUGUUGCACUUGCGUUAAGGUGUUAUAAUCUUCUUCUUUGUACCAUGCAUGAUAUUUUAUUCAUGAAUAUGAUGGAUWUGCCCUUGUCACGUUUA